AUGUCAAACUUGAGGAGGGUGUUGGAGAUGCAACAAAAAGAAGAGGAAGAAAUUCGGCGCAGACGUGCUAAUGAAGAUCGGGAGGCCGAUGACGAAGAGGAAGAAAUGCUUGCAGCAGCGGUGUGUAUGCUUAAUCAAUCAAGGCAACACCGCUGUCGUCAUGCCCCGAAUGUGGACAGACGUAAGGAGUCUCGAGGUAAAAAUCUCUUGGAAGAUUACUUUAUCCCAAAUUCGUUAUAUCUUGUUUCUAAGUUUCGAGAGAGAUAUAGCAUGCAGCCACAUUUGUUCCAAAAAAUCAUGCAUGAUAUUUGUAAUUACGACACAUACUUCAUUCAAAAGUAUGAUGCUAUUGGAGUUUUGGGUCUUCUCCUGGAGCAAAAACUUACAGCUGCUUUACGGAUGCUUGCUUAUGGGGCAUCUGCAGAGCAGGUGGAUGAGAUUGCAAGGAUGGGAAAAUCAAGUAUCCUAGAGUGCUUGGUGAGAUUCUGUGAUGCAGUGGAAAAUUUGUACAUGAGGGAGUACCUUCGCAAACCCACACCGAGGGACCUGCAAAGGCUUCUACAAAAAGCUGAGACUCGAGGUUUCCCAAGAAUGAUUGGAAGCAUCGAUUGCAUGCACUAA